AUGGUACUGUGUCAUCAGAGCAGCUCACUUCUAUACGGAGGCGCUCUUGCAUCGACAGCUAUCGACGAGAAUGCAGUCCGACGGAAACAACGCAGAAACCGAACCACAUUUUCGGUCCAUCAGUUGGAUCAACUCGAGACAGCAUUUCAACGAUCUCAUUAUCCAGAUGUAUUCGCACGUGAGGAACUCGCGUUGAAAAUUCAUCUAACCGAAGCAAGAAUACAGGUAAAACGACAAACAGUUUAUGCUCGUAUCGGUUACAUUUGGCGAGUUUCCUUCUCGUACACAACAUCUGCAUUGACUAAUUCACGCUAG